GUAGGAAAACCACCAUAGACGGUGGCCCCCCAGAGCUUACACCGCGAGACCUUCCACAACAAUGGUAGGAGUGUCUAUGUUUUGGCUAGUUUUUCACGCGGUGACGGAGAAGGAUGGUAGAAGUCCAACUUUUCCUGAAACUAUUUCGAAGAACCAGUAAUUCCUUGUAUGUGUCAGUGAUAGUAAAAUACCAUUGUUAAUAGCUAUAGAAAUGGAAACAAGAACAUUUUGCACUGAUGUAUUACGCUCCGGGCUUUUUUAUUUUUUACAAUAAACAAGAAAGCUAACCAUAGCUAGCAAGUUAGCUAGUUCCAGACUGGAAGCAUCUUUUUUGGCAGACUUCCUGUUGCAUCAAACGAUUGAUCCUUUGAAAGGACUAAAUGCAGCUCGCCAGACUACGAUGAGAAUACCCUGACUCUCUGGGAGACACUGGAAGAAUGGCUGCAGAGCUAUUCCCUACUAAGAAACCGGCACCUGUAUCUACUCAGACAUCCGGCAGCGCCGUGCAACAGUACCAGCAGCAGAACAUCAGCAACAACAACACGAUCCAGGGUUGCAACUGGCAAGGCCUCUAUCCAUCGAUAAGAGAGAGGAACUCAGUCAUGUUCAACAACGAGCUGAUGGCUGAUGUGCACUUCGUGGUGGGGCCACCAGGGGGCACUCAGAGAGUACCAGGACACAAAUACGUCCUGGCGGUCGGGAGUUCUGUGUUCCACGCCAUGUUCUACGGGGAGCUGGCCGAGGAUAAGGAAGAGAUCCGCAUCCCAGAUGUGGAGCCCCCUUCCUUCCUGGCCAUGUUGAAGUACAUCUACUGUGACGAGAUCGACCUGUGUGCCGACACCGUUCUGGCCACUCUCUACGCCGCCAAGAAGUACAUCGUGCCGCACCUGGCGCGCGCCUGCGUCUCGUUCCUGGAGACGUCGCUCAGCGCGCGCAACGCCUGCGUGCUGUUGUCGCAGAGCUGCCUGUUCGAGGAGCCCGAGCUGACGCAGCGCUGCUGGGAGGUGAUCGACGCGCAGGCCGAGCUGGCGCUGCGCUCGGACGGCUUCUGCGACAUCGACGCGCCCACCCUGGAGAGCAUCCUGCGCCGCGAGACGCUCAACGCCAAGGAGACGGCUUUGUUCGACGCGGCGCUUCGCUGGGCCGAGGCCGAGUGCGGGCGGCAGGGCAUAGUGCCGAGCGCCGAGAAGAAACGCGAGGCGCUGGGCAAGGCGCUCUACCUCAUCCGCGUGCCCGCCAUGCCGCUGGACGACUUCGCCAACGGGCCGGCGCAGUCGGGCGUGCUGACGCUGGCCGAGACCAACGACGUGUUCCUGUGGCACACGGCGGCACGAAAGCCGUCGCUGCUCUUUGUCCGCGAGGCCCGCGCUGGGCUGGCGCCGCAGCGGUGCCACCGCUUCCAGUCGUGCGCGUACCGCAGCAACCAGUGGCGCUACCGUGGCCGCUGCGACAGCAUCCAGUUCGCCGUCGACCGGCGCGUGUUUGUGGCGGGGUUCGGGCUGUACGGGUCGAGCUGCGGCUCGGCCGAGUACAGCGCCCGCAUCGAGCUCAAGCGGCAAGGCGUGACACUCGGCGUGAGCGUGGCUAAAUACUUCUCGGACGGCUCGAGCAGCACGUUCCCCGUGUGGUUCGAGCACCCGGUGCAGAUAGAACCGGACACGUUCCACACAGCCAGCGUGGUUCUCGACGGGAACGAGCUGAGCUACUUCGGCCAGGAGGGCAUGACGGAGGUGCAGUGCGGGAAGGUGACGUUCCAGUUCCAGUGCUCGUCCGACAGCACCAACGGAACUGGGGUACAGGGCGGACAAAUCCCAGAACUCGUAUUCUACGCCUGAGAGAGAAAGAUGGGAGGACGGAUAGAAAGAGGGAAGGAAGAGAACAGAGCUGGUGUUUCCCAGCGAACGACACUAAGCGCUGGGCGAUCAAACUCAUCCACUAACUGUGCGACUGCUAUCGUAUGAUUACAGAAAGCGCUGCACUUAAAGAUGUCCUGUGAUUUUUUCUUUUCUCUCGUCCCCCUUUUUCAUCUGUACGGUCCGAUAAAGACAGUUAGUAUUUUCCCCACUCAAACACUUAACAUUCCUUAAAAGGACACCCAUAUUUGAUUUUCCAGACCUUUCUAUAGGUUCAUCACUAGUGUGAUGGAAGUCAUUCCUUAAUACUGUCACUUUUGUGUGCGAAGAUGAGCACUGAAGGUUCUUUUCAGACUAUGGUCUUUCAAAGUUUACAACUAGCAGUUAAGUUUCGAUGUCUUACCUGGGCAGGAUCAAUAUCCUCCCAAAACAUGAAUCAAUUUUUAUUAUUAUUAUUAUUAUUAUUAUUAAUAAGCAGUCUCAUGUGUUGAUUAUAAAUAGUCAUAUAUGUACAAGCUAUAACUGCGUAAGGACAAUGAGUUUUUUUUCUUCUGGAAAAUGUUUCCAGUAAUUGUAACAAUUUUAUAGCCAACAUUUACUAGCACAAUUUUAUGUUUCUGAGCAAGAAACGGAAUUUGCCAAACAAAAUGUGUUAAUGUUUAUAUGUAUUCACAAUAUUACUGUGAUUUAAAACUUUUACUUUUCUAUUUUGUGUCAUCAUGAAAACCUGUGCCAGUAUGACGACUACCUGCUGCCCUGGUAGUACUAGUUCUGAGCUAGCGGAACAAGAAGAUACGGCGCUGUGGCCGAGAUGCUAACGGUUUACAUGCUAACAAGGUGGCGGCCACACCCCUACAUACUGAGCAUAGAGCUUAACACUGACUGCUUUCUUUUAAAUGAAAUGUAGCUGGUCGUGUCGUUAAAUAAGUCUAAAUGCUGCUAGAGCAACAGUAGCUUUCCCUUUGGAUCCAUACAUGCUUGUUUCUGGUGAUUUUGAUUUCUUUUGUUUACAUUUUUCAGGGUCUGACAAAGUGACCAACUGCAAUAAUAGGUCAGAAAUGAGAAAAAUCCAUGUGUGUAAUUCACAUGAAUAUGGUAGUGUGCCUAAACAAUGCAAAUUGUGUUGUUGGUCUUAGCAUGUUGACAAGAAAACAAACAAAAAUGAUCACAGGCAGUUCAUUUUGGGGUGGAUAGCCAGACACCUUCUAUACAGUCAGACAUUUUUGGAUACGUGAAAUAAUCAAGAACAUCUGUACACUUCAAACUCUAUCCAGUAACUCAAGCAACCCCCCCCCCCCCCCCCCAACUCUUUCCCCCUGAUACGAGGAGCACUACAUCCAGUCCGCAUGUCUGUUUCAGCGGCAGAGUUACCUGAGGAAAUUCACCUCAGAACUGCAGUCAGUGAAGCUCCAUGCUCAAGUGAAGUAUGAAUUAUGGUGAGCAGUAUAAACAGCAGUACUCUAAUCGGUGCUGUAGAUUAAUUAUCAGAUGAAUAAAAAAAAAAGACGACUCUUAUGGUCUCUAUAUGCUAUGUUGCACUAAUUGUACAGAACUGCCCUUUUAUAAAGUGAUGGUUUUGUUUAUUUUUAAAACACUAAUUCUAACAUUUGUUUGUUUGUUUGUUUGGUUGUUGAUACUCUGACUGGCCUGUGAUCGGUGCUCUAAGGGUAGUAGCAUACCUGUGAGAUUCCACUGCUUCACGUGCCUGUCAUACGGUCGUACCCACCCCCUGUGUGCAAGUGCCAACAGACUCAUGAAUGUGUGCAUUGGUAUCGAAUCAAACAAUAAAAAACGUUAACAGUU